UCCCUUCGGCGGAGUUGCUACGUGUCUUAAGCAGCGGUUGGUGGCGGCGUCUGGGGCGUAAGGAGUCUCUCCAGGAGUGUUCAUCAUGGAUCAAGUAAUGCAGUUUGUGGAACCCAGCCGCCAGUUUGUGAAAGAUUCCAUCAGACUUGUUAAAAGAUGCACAAAACCCGAUAGAAAAGAAUUCCAGAAGAUUGCCAUGGCAACAGCAAUAGGUUUUGCAAUAAUGGGAUUUAUUGGUUUCUUCGUAAAACUGAUCCAUAUUCCAAUCAACAAUAUUAUUGUUGGUGGCUAAACACAUCAGGAAGACAUUACUUUAUAUUUGUGCAUGGUAAAAGAACAGAUCGUUGUGCACUUUCUGGCUUAAUUGUCUAUGUAGAUCUUCGUCUUUUAUUGCUUGUCGAUAUAAACUAGAUUUUAAAGUAAAA